CUAGGUGGUUUGGAAGCAGUGGCUCUCGUCGAUCGAACCCCCAUGGAUGAUCUCGAGAGAGAGUUGGCAGAGCUGUUGAAGUUCGACGAUGAUGAUCUAUUGACGACGCCACCUGGAUUUGUUCAGGGAAUGGUGUUUGAUGAUAAUGCAACCAUACCUACGGUCUCGGCAAACAACACUAUCGACAUUGCAGAUAUCCUUACCGGCGGGGAUGAUCUAGCUUUCGAACUGUUAAAAGAAGAGGAAGCCGCCGCUGAAGCUGAUGACAAAGCCAAAGCCGAAAGUGCCCCCGAACCAGAGUCGGACACUAGCGAGGGAACUCAGGAAAUCGACUCGCUUCUUCCAUCGAAGCCCGACAUGCCAUUCACAUCGUCGGCGAAAGUCGACGCACCGCGGAAAGUCGACUGGGCGCAAGUCGUCGAUGUUGAACAAGGAUUCCCAGAGUUCUACGAUCUGGUGCCAGAGUUGGCGCAUCAGUUUCCUUUCGAGCUGGAUGUCUUCCAGAAGCAAGCCGUCUACCACUUGGAAAAUGGAGAUUCCGUGUUCAUAGCGGCACACACGUCCGCGGGGAAAACCGUCGUCGCCGAGUACGCCAUAGCAUUGGCCCAGAAGCAUAUGACGAGAGCCAUCUACACAUCCCCCAUCAAAGCACUCAGCAACCAAAAGUUUCGCGACUUCCGCACAACAUUCGAUGACGUCGGAAUCCUAACAGGAGACGUCCAGAUCAAGCCCGAAGCAAGCUGCCUGGUCAUGACCACCGAGAUUCUCCGGAGUAUGCUGUAUCGUGGCGCCGACCUUAUCCGAGAUGUGGAGUUUGUGAUUUUUGAUGAAGUGCAUUAUGUGAAUGAUAUUGAGAGAGGAGUUGUAUGGGAGGAAGUUAUCAUUAUGCUGCCUGCGCACGUCAACCUGAUUCUAUUGUCCGCGACUGUGCCCAAUACCCGAGAAUUUGCAGACUGGGUCGGACGCACAAAGAAGAAAAACAUCUAUGUCAUCUCCACAGCAAAACGUCCUGUUCCCCUGGAGCAUCACCUGUACGUCCCCACAACGGACAAGGAGCUCUACAAGGUUGUCGAUUCGCAGAAAAAGUUCCUUUCCACGGGGUGGAAGGCUGCCCAAUCAGCACUUGCAGGACCCAAGAAGGAAGCACCACGCCCGGGGUCAGGCGGUGUUCCGGCACGAGGCGGCGGGCGGGGCGGUCAAGCAAGUGGUGGUCGCGGUGGAAGAGGUGGUGGGCGUGGAGGGGCUCAGCAGACCUUUACGUCGGCUGGGAGUCGGGCCGGACCUAAUGCUAGGGCUAUGGGACAGACUGAUCGGAACAUGUACGUCCACCUCCUCGGACUACUCAAGAAAAAACAGCUACUCCCCGUCAUCGUCUUCACUUUCUCCAAAAAGAAAUGCGAAGAGUACGCAAACGGGCUCGCCAACGUAGAUUUCACAGCCGGCGCCGGCGAAAAAAGCGAAGUGCACGUAUUCAUCGAGAAAUGUGUCGGGCGGCUGAAAGGCAGCGACAAGGAAUUGCCGCAGAUCUUGCGGAUGCGGGAUCUGUUAAGUCGCGGGAUCGCCGUGCAUCACGGUGGACUGCUGCCCAUCGUGAAAGAGAUGGUGGAGAUUUUAUUUACGCGUGGGCUCGUCCGCUGCCUGUUUGCAACCGAGACGUUUGCGAUGGGUGUCAACGCCCCUGCUCGGUGCGUCGUUUUUUCAUCAACGCGGAAACAUGAUGGACGGUCGUUCCGCGAGUUGCUGCCCGGGGAAUACACGCAAAUGUCAGGUCGAGCAGGCCGUCGUGGACUGGACGAUCGGGGCAUCGUUAUCAUCGCGUGCAACGACGAGGUUCCUGAAAGCCUCGGUCUGCAACAAAUGAUUCUGGGCCAGCCCACGAAGCUCGCGUCCCAGUUCCGUCUUACAUACACGAUGAUCCUUAACCUACUCCGAGUGGAAGCCUUGAAAGUGGAAGAGAUGAUCAAGAGGAGUUUUUCCGAGAAUGUUGCGCAGAAGUUGUUGCCUGAGCAGCAGAAGCAGCAUGCCGAGCACGCAGAAACCCUAUCAACGCUGACCAAGCUGUCGUGUCCUAUCUGUUCGGCCGAUAUAUACCCAUACUACGACCUGUCAUACAGAGUUGCGACGUUGCAGUUCGACCUGCGGGACCGGGUCAUGAAGACCCCAAUGGGUGGCAAGUCGUUGGCGGUGGGGAGGAUCGUGGUCGUUAACAGCAAAUUCCACCGCAACGCUGUUGGCGUGAUUGUUGGGAGUGGGCCUGACCGUGCGGGCGGGGAAGAUAAAAAGUACAGUAUCUUGAUUUUGACGGAUCAGAACGACUUGACGAAGGAGGGGAUGGCCAGUGCGAAUGCCCCCAUGCCUGUAACCCGUGUCACUGUGCCUUCGGCGGAGAAGAUCGACAAUGAGAUUGUUGACCUUCCGGUGACCGACAUAUGGGUCAUUACCAAGCUGCAGAUCAAGAUCGACCCAGAACUGGUAACAGCGAAACGAGACCGCGCAGAGAUCGCAAGAGCUGUGCAAGAGCUUUUGCGCAUCGGGCAAGAAAUCAACGCUGCUGGUCAGAUAUCGGAAUACGACUGGAGCAAAAUACGGGACAUCGACUUCCAAGAGCGAUAUCGGGAGAAGGAACACCUGCUUGCCCAGCUUAACAACUUCCAAUGCGUCAAAUGUCCUGAUCUCAUGGAACACUACGCCAAGGUUCACAACGAACGCACCUUGGAGAAACAAGUCGCAGAGCUGGCACAUAAGAUCUCAGACCAGAAUCUGGAAUUGCUUCCUGACUACCAUCAGCGUGUGGAGGUUCUCCGUGUGAUGAAUUUCAUUGACGAGAACGGCACGGUAACAAUAAAAGGACGGGUUGCGUGCGAGAUCAACACCGCAGACGAACUGAUCCUGACGGAGCUCAUUCUCGAAAACUUUUUGGCAGACUAUGAGCCAGCAGAGAUUGUUGCGUUGCUCAGCUGUUUUGUGUUUCAGGAGAAGACGCAGAAUGAGCCGGCUAUGACGCCGAGGCUCGAAACGGGCGUCAAAGCCAUCGUAGACAUUGCGACGCGUGUCGGCGACAUCCAACGAAGCUGCGGACUGGACGUCCGUACAGAGGACGUCCUAUCAAACAUCAAAAUCGGACUCGUCGAGGUCGUAUACGAAUGGGCACGUGGAUUACCGUUCAAGCAUAUCACGCAUCUCACGGACGUCUUGGAAGGCUCCAUCGUCCGAACCAUCAUCCGACUUGAAGAAACGUGCCGCGAGGUGCAAGGCACGGCGCGGCUGAUUGGAGAUGCGGGACUGUUCAAGAAGAUGGAGGAGGCGCGGGAGUGCAUCAAGAGGGAUAUUGUUUUUGCAGCUAGUUUGUACUUUUAGGUGGUUUCUUUCUUAGGGGUUUAGGAGUUUGGACGCUUUUCCAAGGGCCCUUGACGUGACAUGUGUGGAUAGCUAGAUCGAGCGCAUGGACGGCAUAGAGCAGAUCUAUAUUAGCUUCGCCCAGUCUUUGAGUGUCGGCCAAAUAGCUGGGCUAAUCCACACUAUUACCAGUCUACUCUGCCAUAGAGAGACUCUAUUCCUCCUUGUACAUACAGCUGCUGCUAAGUGGCGGCGGCUGCUUUGUAGAUUUGGCUGGGUAUGUUUUGUUUGCGUUUCGGCUGGGCUGCUGCCCGCACGAGCGAAAGCGUCGCGGAUGUCAUC